CGCACCUCAACUUUCGAGCAGCCUAGGGCGUGAAGCUCCUAGACUUGCUCUCGUCAGGAGCAACCCUCACCAACUCCUCACCUCCAUCCUCCACCUUCCGCUCUCCGCCUGCGUACUGCCGCUGGAUAAAGAAUCAUGGCGUACGUCGCGCCCAUACACAGAGCUACCAGCAUCCGGCAUGCGCUGCGGGCCAAGCUUCUCUCGCCCGAUAUCGACGACCUCGUCAUUGCCAAGACAAACCGUCUCGAAGUAUGGCGCCUCGCCGAGGAUGGUAUGACAUGCAUCCACACGAAGCUGAUCCACGGCACGAUAUCCAUGCUGCAGCGUCUGCAGCCGAAAGGCACCGAGACCGAUCUCCUCUUCGUCGGCACCGAUCGAUUACAAUACUUUAACCUGGUUUGGAAUCCCGAGACGAACCAGCUUGACACGAUCGAUCGCGUGGUCGAGGACAACUCAGAGCCAUACAUGCGCCACUCCCAGAGCCAGAACAAAUGUUUGGUGGAUCCGACUGGACGUUUCCUGGCCAUGCACCUUUGGGAGGGAGUGCUGAACGUGUUUCGGCUGCCAACACGCAAAGGCUCUACGACUAGGUUGGAGGCUCUGGACCAAGUCCGGUUAACGGAGCUAUGGAUGAAGGCUAGCACGUUCAUCCACAGCCGCACCGGGCACCCGAAGAUUGCCUUCCUAUACAAGGCGAAUUUGGAUCAGGAGGAGGCUCGAGUCGCCAUUUACAGGCUGACCAAGGAUGACAAGGGCGGAGAAGUCUCCAAGUUUGAUCCGUAUAGGGAUCGAGAACUCGAUAUCGUCAUUCCCGACCCUUACGCAUCCAUGUUGAUCCCGAUCCCGGUCGAUGAAGAGAAACGAUACCAUGUACGAAACAACGAAGGGGCUAAGGCUCACCUGGGCGGCCUUCUCGUUGUCGGAGAAACUCUCUUAACGUACUUUGACAGCUUGACGUACAUGAGUGUGUCAUCUGGCCUCAAGGACCCCAAGAUCUUUGUGGCAUGGGCCGAAUACGACGGCACCCAUUACUUUCUGGCAGAUGAUUACGGUCGCCUCGACAUGCUCACCAUCGAAACAACAGUUGAGGCUACCGGUGUUGUGGUGACGGGAAUGACACUUUCACCUCUAAAGUUCCAGGACUCCAUUGCAAUCACUUCAAGAGCAUCCAGUCUAGUUUAUAUGGGCAACAAUACCCUCUUUGUGGCUUCACAUCAUGGCGACUCGCAGUUAUUCCAAGUCGACCCUGAAUCCAGCACGAUCAUGUUGAUAAAGUCACUCUCCAACAACGCUCCGAUCAUGGACUUUUCGAUCAUGGACAUGGGCAACAGAGAAGGGGAUUCCCAGGCCGGGAAUGCCUUUUCCUCGGGUCAGUCCAGGAUCGUUGCAGGCUGCGGUGCAUACCGAGAUGGAACCCUCCGAAGUAUUCGGAGCGGCGUUGGUCUGGAAGAUAGGGGGAUCUUGGACGAGUUGGAUGGGACGAGGGCCUUAUUCACACUGCACUCCUACGGGUCUGACCUGGUCGAUACCCUAGUCAUCGCGUCCAUUGCCGAGACUAGAAUCUUCAGCUUCGAUACUGAAGGCGGCAUUGAAGAGGUGUACUCGUUCCAGGGCAUGGUUCAGGAUACUGAGACUCUAUUGGCCAUGAACCUGCCUAAUGGGCAGGUACUACAGAUCAUCCCAAAGGCCGUCCUUUUACUGGAUCCUGAGAGUGGUGUUACUGUUAGCUCAUGGAGCACCCCUCCUGGAAAGUCCAUCACCAGAGCAUCUGCAAAUAGCAAAUGGGCCUUGCUAUCAGUUGAUGGCACCACGUUGGUAUCCCUGAAUCUGCUGCAAAAUCUCUCUACCCGUUCCCAGGAGGCCCAGCAUUACUCUACCUCUGGGCAACCGGAUCAAAUAUCUUGCAUCCAUGCGGCUCGCGAUCCGCCAGAUUUGGGCGUGGUUGGCUGGUGGUCGACAGGUCGAAUAUCCUUGAUUGAUAUGGCUUCCUUGGAUCCCCUCCAUGGGGAAUCUAUGAGACAAACCGAGGAUAGCGCCACUGUGCCACGAGAUAUUGCGCUCGUUCAGCUCCAUCCUCCAGAAACUGCCGGCCCAACCCUGCUGAUCGCCAUGGAGGACGGCAAUGUCGUCACUUUUAACGUCUCCACCAAGGGAUUUGCCGUCUCUGGUCGGAAAAGUGUCACGUUGGGAAGCAACCCAGCCCGGUUACACAUUCUACCACAAGAAGAUGGCACCUCCAAUGUGUUUGCAACCACUGAACAUGCAAGUCUCAUCUACAGUGCCGAGGGCCGGAUAGUAUACUCUGCGACCACCGCCGACGACGCCACAUUCGUCGCUCCCUUCGACUCGCACGCUUUCCCCGACUCCAUUGUCUUAUCUACAGAUGACCAUGUCAGAAUUUGUCAUGUCGACAAGGAACGGCUCACCCACGUGAAAGCGUUGCCGAUGAAAGAAACCGUGAGAAGGGUGGCAUACUCUCCAGGCCUCAAGGCCUUCGGUUUGGGCUGCAUCAAGAAGGAGCUCGACGGAAAUCAAGAGAAUAUCACAAGUUCUUUUAAGCUUGUUGACGAAAUCAUCUUCCAGGAGCUGGGGAAGCCAUUUGUGCUGAAUGCCAGUUCCCUUGAGAUGGUGGAGUGCGUGAUUCGCGCGGAGUUGCCUGACGUUAGCGGCAACCCAGCAGAGAGGUUCAUCGUUGGAACAAGCUUCAUCAACGACGGCGAAGUUAAAGAGGCGGGAGAGUCCCAAGGUCGAAUUUUAGUCCUUGGUGUUGAUGAGAAUCGACAGGUCUACCAGAUCGUAUCCCACAACCUGAAGGGUUCAUGUCGCUGCUUGCGGAUGAUGGACGACUAUGUUGUGGCAGGCCUGUCGAAGACGGUCAUUGUUUACAAAUACGUUCAAGAGACGAGCAGUUCUGGGUCCCUACAGAAACUCGCGGCUUAUCGUCCCGCGGCGUACCCGAUAGAUCUGGACAUCUCAGGCAACAUGAUUGGUGUUGUUGACUUGAUGCAAUCCCUAUCAUUAGUCGAGUUUGUUCCGCCGCAAGACGGAAACAAGGCUAAGCUUGAAGAGCGCGCGCGUCAUUAUGAUCUUGGAUGGGCAACUUCUGUCUGUAAUUUGGAUGACGAAAGGUGGCUAGAGGCAGAUGCGCAGGGUAACCUCAUCGUUCUUCACCGGAACGCGGAUGCUCCCACAGAACAGGACCGGAGUCGGUUGGAGGUGACGAGCGAGAUCAACAUUGGCGAACAAAUCAACCAAAUUCGGAAAUUGCAUGUUCCGGUCAACAAAAGCUCGGUCGUCUCUCCAAGAGCCUUCUUAGGAUCGGCCGAAGGCUCUCUCUAUCUGUACGGGGACAUUUCACCGCAAUACCAAGAUCUUUUGAUGACGUUCCAAUCGAAGCUGGAGCAGUACAUUAACGUACCCGGAAACAUUGCCUUUAAAGAUUGGCGUUCGUUCCGAAAUGAGGCGCGGGAAAGCGAUGGCCCGUACCGCUUCAUAGACGGCGAGAUGGUGGAAAGAUUUUUGGACAUGGAUGAGGGGAAGCAGGAGUUAGUAUGCGAAGGCCUGGGACCUAGUGUCGAAGACAUGCGAAACGUGGUUGAGGAGUUACGAAGGAUGCAUUGAGACGGAGUGUUGGAGGCGUUGAUUGCCAUGGUGGCUAUUUUGGGCUUGUUGUCACGGAGCUGGCGCCCUGGCCCUGAUCCCAGCAUCCACUCGCCCUGGCUGGACGUAAAGGACGAAAGGGUCGACGGCUAUUGGUCAGAAUGGGCUCGCACACAGGAACUCAGGUGCAACACCAAUUGAGCCGUAUUAUAGAGAUGAUGAUGUCGGAAAUGUUUAGGAUGCAUAGAGUACAAUGAUGCAAUGUAGAAUAACAGUUCUUUUGCUCGCCAA